UUCAGACAAAUGAUGCCAAUGGAAGAGUAUAUAGUAUAUUUUUUAAUCCUGACUGUGGAUAUCUUCAUCUUUUAUAUUUUAAUGUGUCUUUUUAACAGAUAUGCAUAUAAACUUGCAGCAGUUCAAGAGAGAGCAGGUCAAAGUCAUAGUCUUCCUGGAAAACAGCACAUUAAUUUUAAUGGUGCACACAAAAUAGGUCAAAGACAAUGUAGUCAACCUCAAAAACGGCUUAUUGGUUUUUCUAAUGGACAAAAGGGACGCCAUUGUCAGUAUUGUUCACAACAAAAACAAUUGAUUAAUCCCCAGGGUGCACAUAAGAAAACAAAGUCAGCAUAUCAUACCUUAGCAAACAAAAUCACAUUUUCUAAAUAUGAAAUGAAACAAUACACAAUGAUAGCAGAGAAUACAGUGAGGAAAUUAAUUACACAGAUGAAAAAAGAGAUUUUAUCAGGUGAUCUUAUAAUAGACAGUGAUUUUAUCAGGGCUGGCAGCUCAUUUGAAGGACUGAAAGUCAAACCUGAUAUUGAGUUUGACUUUUUAAUCCCUCUGUCACCACCAGAACUAUAUCGAUUUCAUUUUAGCUCUAAGACCCAUGGCAUACCUGCAAUGUUUUGUUUAGUACCAAUACUUGAAUUACAAGCUCGAUCAAUCUACCAAAAGCCAGUGGAUUUUAAAAAGAAAUUCUGUAGUGAUUGGCAUCUUCAGUCAUUAGCUGUUCGUAGAUGGUUUCAGUCCCUUGCUGACAGAGCAGUCAGAAGCCUCCCUGAAAUCAGUUUGGAGGUCAGAUUUUCAGAAAAAGGACCUGCUCGCACUAUGAAAAUAAGGAAGAGUGGGAUUCCAGAAAUUUCUGUUGACUUGGUUCCAGCAAUAUAUGUUUGCGGUAUUUAUCUGGUUGCAAAGACAUAUGGAGGUAUUACUGAAUGUCAACAUCCUUUAAAGGACAAGUUAUGGAGGAUGUCAUUUUCUGUUCAAGAAAAAAAAAUUCUGGAAAACAUUAGUAGUCAUUUACCAAUAAACGCUUGUCAUCAGAAAACUCUGCAGAUUGUGAAGCAUUUGAAACAAAGUACACCACCACUGCAGUGGUCUGCUAAUUUAAGCUCUUAUCAUUUGAAAACAGUAUGGCUUCACAUGUUGCAGAAGAAAUCCUUAUAUGAUUGGCAACAUGAAAAACUAGACCAGAGAGUCCUGGAAUUAAUUGAUAAUUUAGUUAGAAAUUUAAGAAGCAAAAUUCUUCCACAUUUCUUCAUAGGGAACAAACAUUUGUUAUUGAGGGGCAAAGAUGUCCCAAAGCAUGUUCUCCAGUAUGAAAAUGAAUGUAAUUUGUUCAGUGAUAUGCACCCAUCUACCUUAAAACAGGUGUGUAUGCAACUUGAACACCUAAAAUAUAACCUUGACAACACUGUAGGAAAACUAUGUGCAUCAAUAUAAAACAUUAUCAUUACAAGAUGAGGCAGAAGA